AUGAACGCAACUGAGUGGGAAGAGCUUGAUGGACCCUCUACUAACGGAGAAAACGAAGAAAAAGUUGCAAACUUUUGCUUCAUGGCGAAUGAGCAAGAUGAGCCAUCAUCUCCGGCCAACCACCAGGAUUCCGCGCGUCACUCCUGCUGCCGUGAAGGUCCUCCCGUCCAGAUAGGUUGCCAGCACAAACUUAGCCGAGACCCUCUGCAACUCCAUCACAAUCCGACAAUCAGAACCUCCACGACCCAGCAGCUCUCCGGCGAUAGCUUCUCCUUCUUCUUCUUCCCUUGCCAACAACCGCCGCCACCCUCUGCCAUCACCACUCUUUCUCCGUCCUCAAUCCCCCAGCCAUCCUCCAAGUCCUCUCAUCUCCAUCUCGCCGACGAACCUGCAAUUCCGGUCACCUUCUCCAGCAACCGCCGAACACCAUCCCAGACUUUCCACCGUCAUCUUAGGCUCCUAAGCUCUCCGGUCACCUUCUCUGCAACCAUCUCCAAGCCCGGCGGCCAUAACCAGCAGCAGCCACCACACCACUGCCGGCGGUCCUCCAGAUUUCUCCGGCCAACUAGGAUUUCUUUUAUCUGCAGAGGCAAGUAGUCUAUUGCCUUGUAUCUAAAUGUGGUAAUAUUCAUUG